AUGAGUUUUGUUCCCAAGAGAAAAAGAGACACCGAGCCUGACCAAAAAAAGCCCAAGGCGGCAUUUGGUGACAAAGAGCGAGAAAUGCUAAGCCAGAAUAACGAAUGGCCCAUGUACAACCACCCGGAUGGCGGCACAGUCAAAAUCACCCCGUGGGGUGCUCUAAGACAGUGGAUAGAUCCAGCCACGGGAUAUGCAAAAACGAAGUUUGAGGACGCGUCGUUCCAGGAAGUGUCGUUUGAAAUGUCGCCUUCAAACACCAACAACCAGUGCUACGAAUUGCCCACCACGCCUAUGUCCUUGCACACGUCGGCUUCUGGCUGCUCCUCGCCAGCAUACGGAGAUAAACUCAAUUUCAGCCCCACAAACGAGGCCGAGCUCUACGUGGUGGAAGGCUACGGCCAGCCUAGAGAAAGUGGGCAGAGACCCACGCAACAGUAUGCUCAGGAGCAAGAACAUUACUUGGGAAUGGAGGAAAGCGAGGACUUCUCCGACGACACGGCAAUGUGCUAG